CUGGGAGAGAGACAAGCAGAGGGACUUUCUCAAAAGUUUACUAUGAUACUCAGUAGGUCUCUCGGACAAGAGAAGGGAUCAAGGACAGAAAUAGCUUGUCAGGGGAUCAGAUAUGGAGGUAGUGGAGAAGGUACUGAAUGUGGCCCACAUCAUCUACGCCCAGUGCGAACAAGUGAAGUGCUGUAAGCACCAGAGCCGCCGUCUCGUGUACCGCGUUCACAUCCUGCUGAGGCCUGUGGAGGUCCUCAGGGCACAGCCUCCGAAACAAAUCUCCUCCCAGGUAGAAGAGACGCUGCAGCAGCUGCUGGAGACCUUGGAGAAGGCCCAGGAGCUGGUGAAGAAGUACAGCCAGACGAACUGGCUGCAGAAGUUCCUGAAAGCCAGCGAUGUCGUGGAGGGGUUUGCACGAGUGAACGAGCGCCUUGGGGAUGCUGCUCAAGGGCUCUCCCUCCUGCUGCAGGCUGAGAAUAAACAGUCCUUCCUCGAGACCUUUCAGCAAGACACCUGCAGCAGGGAGGACAGCCAGGACACCAAGGAUGACAAAGCCCUCUGGGAGGAGCUGCUCACAAGAAGUACAGAGACCAAAGAUGCAGUGGAUAAUGUCCAUAAUGAUGUCAGACAUGUGGGAACAAAGGUGGAGGAUGUGGGAAGCAGGGUGGAAGAAGUUCGCCAAAUGAUGCAAAAAUUGCAGGACGCAGUCAUGAAAAAGGACAAUGCUGUUCCAAGAGAGGAAAUCACUGAGAUUAGGAUGGAGGAUCUCACUAAAACCUCAUGGACCUUCCUGAUGGAAUCCAAAAGCCACACGCUCUACAAAGGAGAAUUCUACAAGUACCCUGUUGCCAUCAAAGUCUUCAAAAACCCUGUGAUCACCUCCACUGAGAAGGUGAGGGAGAUUUUCAGGAAGGAGAUUGAAACCAUGAAGAAGUUUGAGUCUCCGAACAUCCUUCGUAUGUACGGGAUCUGCAUCGAUGAGAGCGGUUCAAGUCCUUGUUUCUCCAUUGUCAUGGAAUACUGUGAAAAGGGGACCCUGCGGGACGUGCUGACAAGGAAACCCCAGCUCCCCUGGGAGACUCGCAUUCGGAUGGCGCUGGAUGCGGCCAGAGGCCUAUACAGGUUGCACCAGACGGGGGAGAAGUCUAAAUUGCAUGGAUGCAUCAAUAGUACCAAGUUUUUGGUUGCUAAAGGUUACUGUGUGAAGCUGUCAGGAUUUGAAUUGAGUAAAACUGAGUCAUCCAUUAAGAGGAGCUGCAAGAAGAAAUUGACAGAUGUCCCUUCUUCGGCUUACAUCUCUCCCCUGGGCCUAGCUUCCCUGAGCCACAAGUAUGACAUGCCCAGUGAAAUAUACAGCUUUGGGAUCGUCCUGUGGGAGAUCGCGACCGGCAAAAUUCCAUUUGAAGGCUGUACUUCCCAAGAGAUCUAUCAGAAAGUUUAUGAGCAACGUUACCAGGCUCCUGUUGGGGAAGACUGCCCCUCCCACCUGCAGGAUGUCAUCAAUCAGUGCCGGGCCUUUGAGCCUUUGCUACGUCCUUCUGCUGAAGAGAUUGUGGACUCGCUGAUAGCCAUCUACGGCAAGAUAAAUACAGCAAGCUAGCUGCAAGACACAAACUCAAGGCAUCCCUUGAAGAAAAGAGGCAAGCGUGUUUAAGAGCAAAGCACGAGCUGCUCCAUCCCUGUGUACCAUGACACUCUAGCAUGAAGUUUGUUACACUUUGCCAGAUCUGUAUACUCUGCUUUUUUUAAACAGCAUCUUGACCUGCCCUCCAACUUCGAGGGUGCAACUCUGAGCCUUUAAAUAAUUUUGCAUCAGCAAUUUACUGUGGACAUGGUUUAUAGCACUUAAACAUCUCCCUUCCUGAGCAUGCUCCCAAGAUUAGAAAGCCAUUUUUAUUUCAUGUAGGGGGGACCAGCCUAGAAUCCUCAAGGGAAGCUCCCUUAGUACUGUCAACAGAGUAGGGGGAGUCAAGGUAAGGCUGUGACAGCUGCAGCGCUGGCUUUAGGUUGGGGGCUAAUACUGAUGUGGAAACUUGAGAGAGUUUGGCAAAUGGUGGUAGGCUCUGAGGUGCAGGUGCUUGUCCCUGGCACUGCAGGGGGGCUUUGUAGCUGAGGUAGGGAGCAGGUUAGGUAGGGGGGUCAGUCUGAAGGUGUUUGUUACUGGAGAGAGUUAUCAUAUGUGAUCUUCCCUUACCCUUCCCCAACAACCAAAUGACUUUCUAGCCUCUCUCCCUCAAAGGACUCCUGACCUCCAUCCCUUCCCCUGCAGUGCCCCUCCCUACAUUAAACUUAGUAUACUCAUCCUCAGUGUCCUGUAGUACCUCUCCUCCCCCAAACAAGGUGAGCUUCCAGAGCACCCCAAGCUGAGGGGACCCUCCAUGCUGGCUGUUACUCAGCAACCAGAAGAACCUGCCUCUCCUCUGUUGAUUCCCAGCUGGAGGGAGGAGUUGGGAACCAGGAGUGGAUGGGGCUGGCGGCAGGGGUGUCAGAAGGGCAGGUCAGGAAAGUCAGGUGGUUCCCACCAUGUGGGAGGUGAACUUAGAUUUCCCAGUAGCCAGAAACCUCCCCCCUCCCACCCUGUUCCAGGCACAGUAUCCCAGCAACUUUUCCCAAAGCUUAGACAGUUGCCAGCCCCAUGUGACAUCUGCUUGUGGACUAGCUAGUUUCCUAAGCAGCAGAAAUUUAUGUGGGGCCCAGCUACUUUCGUGUUCAGCUCCAGCAAAAUGCCUCCCCCUUUGUGAGGCCUGGCACGCCAUAGAGUCUGUAACAUUCCAAACUGUAGACUUGUAAGAUGAGUCCAGCAUCAGAUCGUGGCAUGCCCCACAUUCCCCUGGCCCUCGAAGCAUGCACAGUUCAAUGGAUAAGUAUCUGGGACCCAAGUCCACCUCUGAGCCAGCACUGCAAGAGAAAGGGGAAUGCAGCAGAAGCCUGCAUGACCAGAGACACAGUGGAUCACAUGUCAGACUAGGCGUCCUUACUACUAGUAUAGAAUCUUCCCCUCCCUAGUAGUCCCCCACCCCAAGCUCAACUAUCAUCUUCCUCUUCCCGCCCCUGCUCCCUGCAAAGAGACCCUCAUUGCCCCACGUUAGGAGUUGGCCUUUGCUGGAUCCACUGCGACAGACACCUCUGCUCCAAAGGGGUGGAACAGUGUUUAGCCAAUUAUUUCCAUCUUUGCCUGGUUGGACAAAACUAAAUAUUUGAGCCCAGGCAAGAAAAAGCAACAACAUUUAAUAGCUAUACUAUCAGCACCCCAGGUAGCUUAGGUCAAUCUGCCUUUGGAAAUUAUAACCCCUGCGUGCUAGGAAGGUUAGGGGCAGUAGAGUUUGGGACAAAAUACCCAUGUGAAUAUAGUGAGCUGAGAAAUUAGGUCAUUCUUGUAAAA